GGGAUAGGUAUGGUUACAGACAAUUGGACCAGGGGUAUGAGAGACAGACAGAGAGUUAUCCAGCCUAUCAUCCCCAUAACUACAUAAAGCAGGACGAGAUGUGCCCAUACAAAGCUGGAGACUACAGCGCCUACAGCAAUGGUUAUGCUAAAACUGCACCAAUGGAGAAGACAGACACAGACUUCUGCACUGACCAACCAGAUGGUCAGUACGCCAAUCCUGGCCUGUGCAACAAAGUAGACCCCAGGUGCACAUUCAUCCAAUGCUCAAGUGGCCGUACAUUCAUCUUCAAUUGCGCCCUGGGUUCUUACAACGGAGACUCCUACCGCCAUCACUGUCCCGCAUACGGGAGCUACUUCAUGGGCUACUAUUACCGC